AUGCUCGCCAUCCAGGCUAAACAUCUAUCUCUGUUCCAAUCUAUCUAUCUAUCUAUCUAUCUAUCUAUCUAUCUAUCUAUCUAUCUAUCUAUCUAUCUAACUAUCUCAGACUUUUCCAAUCUAUCUAUCUAUCUAUCUAUCUAUCUAUCUAUCUAUCUAUCUAUCUAUCUAUCUAUCUAUCUAACUAUCUCUGUUCCAAAUCUAUCUAUCUAUCUAUCUAUCUAUCUAUCUAUCUAUCUAUCUAUCUAUCUAUCUAUCUAUCUAUCUAAGUCUUUUCCAAUCUAUCUAUCUAUCUGGAUAGCUAUCUCAAUCUGUUCCAAUCUAUCUAUCUGGCUAGCUAGCUAUCUCAGACUUUUCCAAUCUAUCUAUCUAUCUAUCUAUCUAUCUAUCUAUCUAUCUAUCUAUCUAAAUAUCUCUGUUCCAAUCUAUCUAUCUAUCUAUCUAUCUAUCUAUCUAUCUAUCUAUCUAUCUAUCUCAGUCUGUUCCUAUCUAUCUAUCUAUCUAUCUAUCUAUCUAUCUAUCUAUCUAUCUACCUCAUUCAUAUCUCUUUUUAUCUUUCAUUUUUCAUUUCCUCUUUCAUUUUUAUUAAUCUUCUCACUCCCAUCUCACAUUCUUUGUUUCUUUUUUCUUUCUUUCUUUCUUUUUUUCUUUCUUUCAUUCUUUCUUUCUUUCUUUCUUUCUUUCUUUCUUUACUCUUAUCUCAUUCACCACACAUUCUUUCUUUCUUUCUUUCUUUCUUUCUUUCUUUCUUUGCUCUUAUCACUUUCACCACACAUUCUUUCUUUCUUUCUUUCUUUCUUUCUUUCUUUCUUUCUUUCUUUCGUCUUCUCUUUUUCACCCUCCAUUCUUUCUUUUUUCUUCAUCCUCCAUUCUUUCUUUCUUUCUUUCUUUCUUUCUUUCUUUCUUUCUUUCUUUCUUUUCUUUCGUCUUCUUUUUUUUUUCACCCUCCAUUCUUUCUUUUUUCUUUCUUUCCUCCAUUCUUUCUUUCUUUCUUUCUUUUUCUUUCUUUCUUUUUUUUCUUUCUUUCUUUCUUUCUCCACCCAUUAUUUCUUGUUCUUUAUUUUUUUCUUUCUUUACUUUCUUUUUUAUCUCAGUUUUUUUCACCGCACAUUCUUUCUUUCUUUCUUUUUUUCUUUUUUUUCUUUUCUUUCUUUCUUUUUUUCUUUCUUUCUUCACCUUUAUUUCUCCACCCAUUAUUUCUUUCUUUUCUUUUUUCUUUCUUAUCUCUUUCACCACAUUCUUUCUUUUCGUUCUUUCUUUUCUUUUCUUUCUUUUCUUUCUUUCUUUCUUUUUUUUCACCCUCCAGUUUUUUUCUUUAUUUCUUUCGUUCUUUCUUUCCUUCUUUUUUUUUUUUUCGUCUUGUCUUUUUCACCCUCCAUUCUUUCUUUCUUUUUCUUCACCCUCCAUUCUUUUUUUUUCUUUUCUUUCUUUCUUUCUUUUCUUUUCUUUCUUUCUUUCUCCACCCAUUAUUUCUUGCUUAUUUCUUUCUUUUUUUUCUUUACCGCUCUUAUCUCAUUCACACAUUCUUUCUUUUCUUUCUUUCUUUCUUUCUUUCUUUCUUUUCUUUUCUUUUUCUUUUUUUCUUUCUUUUGUUCUUAUCACUUUUUUUGUCUUUCUUUUUUCUUCCAUUCUUUCUUUUCUUUCUUUCUUUUCUUUCUUUCUUUCUUUUUUUCUUUCUUUCUUCUUUUCUUUUUCACCCUCCAUUCUUUCUUUUUUUUCUUUACCCUUUCAUUCUUUCUUUUUUUUCUUUCUUUCUUUCGUUUUCUUUCUUUCUUUUUUCUUUCUUUCUUUUUCUCCACCCAUUAUUUUUUGCUUAUUUCUUUCUUUUUCCCUUUUUUCGUCUUAUCUUUUUCACUCCCAUUCUUUUCUUUCUUUCUUUCUUUCUUUCUUUCUUUCUUUCUUUCUUUCUCCACCCAUUAUUUCUUGCUUAUUUCUUUCUUUCUUUACUCUUAUCUCUUUCACCGCACAUUCUUUCUUUCGUUCUUUCUUUCUUUCUUUCUUUCUUUCUUUCUUUCUUUCUUUCUUUUUCACCCUCCAGUUUUUCUUUAUUUCUUUCGUUCUUUCUUUCCUUCUUUUUUUCGUCUUGUUUUUUUUUUCAUUCUUUUUUUUUCCAUUCUUCCAUUUUCAUUUUUUCUUUCUUUCCUCCUUUCUUUCUUUUUUCUUUCUUUUUCUUUUUCUUCAUUCUUUCUUUUUUCCAUUCCUUUCUUCUUUUUCUUUCUUUCUUUUCAUUCUUUUUCUUUCUUUCUUUUCCUCCCAUUAUUUUUGCUUAUUUCUUUCUUUCUUUACUCUUAUCUCUUUCACCGCACAUUCUUUCUUUCUUUCUUUCUUUCUUUCUUUCUUUCUUUUUCACCCUCCAGUUUUUCUUUAUUUCUUUCGUUCUUUCUUUCCUUCUUUUUUUCGUCUUGUCUUUUUCACCCUCCAUUCUUUCUUUCUUUUUUCUUCACCCUCCAUUCUUUCUUUCUUUCUUUCUUUCUUUCUUUUUCUGUCUUUCUGUCUUUCUUUUUCACCCAUUAUUUCUUUCUUUCUUUCUUUCUUUUCUUUUCUGCACAUUCUUUCUUUCUUUCUUUCUUUCUUUCUUUUUUUUCCAUUAGUUUUUUUAUUUCUUUAUUUCUUUCUUUCUUUUUUUCGUCUUAUCUCUUUUCACCGCACAUUCUUUCUUUCAUUCUUUCUUUUCUUUCUUUCUUUUCUUUCUUUCUUUCUUUCUUUCUUUUCUUUCAUUUUUUUCUUUUUCACCCUCCUUUUUUCUUUAUUUCUUUCGUUCAUUUUCUUUCUUUCUUCUUUUUUUUUCGUCUUCUUUUCUUUUUUUCACCCUCCAUUAUUUUCUUAUUUUUUUCUUUUCUUUUUCUUUCUUUCACCGCACCUUUCGUUUUCCUUUUUUCUUUCUUUCUUUCUUUCUUUCUUUUCUUCCUUUCUUUCUUUCUUUUUUCUUUCUUUUUUUUUUUCUUUGUUUUUUUUCCAUUCUUUCUUUUUUUCUUGCCUCUUUUCACCCUUUCCAUUCUUUCUUUUUUUCUUCACCCUCCAUUCUUUUUUUUCUUCACCUUUCUUUCUUUCUUUUUUUUCUUUCUUUUUUUCUUUCUUUCUUUUUUCUUUCAACCACCCAUUAUUUUUUGCUUAUUUCUUUCUUUCUUUACUCUUAUCUCUUUCACCGCACAUUUCUUUCUUUCGUUCUUUCUUUCUUUUCUUUCUUUUCACCUUUCUUUUUUUUCUUUAUUUCUUUUUUUCUUUUAUUUUCCUCUUUUUUUUUCUUUUUUGUCUUUUUUUUCACCCUCCAUUCUUUCUUUUCUUUUUUCUUCAACCCUCCAUUCUUUCUUUUUUUCUUUCUUUUCUUUCUUUCUUUCUUUUCUUUCUUUCUUUCUUUUUCACCCAUUAUUUCUUGCUUAUUUCUUUCUUUUCUUUACUCUUAUCUCUUUCACUGCACAUUCUUUUCUUUCGUUCUUUUCUUUCUUUCUUUUUUCUUUCUUUCUUUCUUUUUUUUUCUUCCUUUUUCACCUUUCAGUUUUUCUUUUUUUUUUUUCGUCUUGUCUUUUCUUUCUUUCCUUCUUUUUUUUUUUUCGUCGUUUCUUUCUUUUUUUUUCACUUCAUUCAUUCCAUUCUUUCUUUUCUUUUUUUCUUCACCCUCCAUUCUUGCUUAUUUUUCUUUCUUUCUCUUUUCUUUUCAUUUUCUUUCGUUUUCUUUCUUUCUUUCUUUCUUUUCUUUCUCCUUUUUCACCCUCCAUUUUUUUUUUAUUUUAUUUCUUUCUUUCUUUACUUUUAUCUCUUUUUCACCUCCACUUUUCUUUUUCUUUCUGUCUGUCUUUCUUUUCUUUCUUUCUUUCUUUCUUUUUCUUUCUUUUUCACCCAUUAUUUCUUGCUUAUUUCUUUCUUUCUUUAUUCUUAUCUCUUUCACUGCACAUUCUUUUCUUUCUGUUCUUUUCUUUCUUUCUUUCGUUUUCUUUCUUUCUUUUUUUCUUUCAGUUUUUCUUUAUUUCUUUUUUCACCUCCAGUUUUUCUUUAUUUUUUCGUUCUUUUUUUCUUUUUUUUCUUGUUUGUCUUUUUUCAACCUCCAUUCUUUUCUUUUUCUUUUUUUCUUCACCCUCCAUUCUUUCUUUCUUUCUUUCUUUCUUUCUUUCUUUCUUUCUUUCUCCACCCAUUAUUUCUUGCUUAUUUCUUUCUUUCUUUACUCUUAUCUAUUUCACCGCACAUUCUUUCUUCCUUUCUUUCUUUCUUUCUUUCUUUCUUUCUUUCUUUCUUUUCUUUCUUUCUUUCUUUUUCACCCUUCAGUUUUUCUUUAUUUCUUUCGUUCUUUCUUUCCUUCUUUUUUUCGUCUUGUCUUUUUCACCCUCCAUUCUUUCUUUCUUUUUUCUUCACCCUCCAUUCUUUCUUUCUUUCUUUCUUUCUUUCUUUCUUUCUUUCUUUCUUUCUUUUUUCUUUCUUCACCUUUUUAUUUCUUCCUUUUAUUUCUUUCUUUCUUUCUUUCUUUUUCUUUCUUUCUUUCCACCCAUUUUUUCUUUCUUUCUUUCUUUCUUUCUUUCUUUUUUCACCCUUCUUUCUUUUUUUUCUUUUUUCUUUUUUUCUUUUUUUUCUUCAGUUUUCCUUUAUUUUUUUCGUCUUGUCUUUUUUUUUUCCUCCAUUCUUUUCUUUCUCCAUUUUUUUUUUUUCUUCCCUCCAUUCUUUCUUUCUUUCUUUCUUUCUUUCUUUCUUUCUUCACCCAUUAUUUCUUGCUUAUUUCUUUCUUUCUUUACUCUUAUCUCUUUCACCGCACAUUCUUUCUUUCUUUCUUUCUUUCUUUUUCACCCUCCAGUUUUUCUUUCUCUCUUUCGUUCUUUCUUUCCUUCUUUCUUUCGUAUUCUCUUUUUCACCCUCCAUUCUUUUUUCUUUUUUCUUACUCUCCAUUCUUUCUUUCUUUCUUUCUUUCUUUCUUUCUUUCUUUCUUUCUUUCUUUCUUUCACAUCGCGUUCUUUCUUUCUUUUUAUUUCUUUUUAUUUUAUUUUCCAAUCCCUACACUAUCAUCUCAUAUUAUUUUUUCUUUCUUUCCUUACUCUUCUCAAAUUCACCUCCCUUUCUUUCAUUCUUCUCCCACUUUCACCUCCCGUUUUUCUUUCUUUUUUCUUUUCUUUACUGCUUUCUUUUUAA